AUGCUUCGUUUCAUGAGGGGAAACAGGGGUCUUUUCUCAGUUCUGGGUGUUGUCGUUAUAGCUCUUUAUCUGUCGCACCUUACAGAGAACGACACCUUCCCGCUGCAAUUCUACGAACCAGAUACCGUCCAGCCUGGUUCCUUAUACAAUGUUCAUCUUCGUUUUCUUGAUAAAUCCUUCGAAGGGCCUCUACACAUAGUCUAUGGUGAUUGCAACCUUCGGAACUCAACUGACGCUCACCAUGAACUGGGGACAAUUUCGGUGAAGCGAGGCGCUUAUCCUGACAGGCUCUUAUGGAUAAUUCCUCUAGAUACGCCAAGUCAUCGAUGUCUUUCCGCUUUCUCGAACUCCCUUCAUGCUGGGCGUUCUUCUCCCAUCACUGUAACAACGCCAAGUGAACCGCUCGGAAAUAUUGCCAGGCUGAUAAACGCAUCGAAUGCCUGGUUUGAUGGGACUGAAUACAUUAGAGCCAAACAAAGUAUAGCAGCUAGUGAAAGCUCAAAAAAUGCUUCCAUUGCCAUUAUUGGAGGCGGAAUGGCCGGGUUGAUGACAAGCCAUCUGCUGGAUUCUGUUGGUCUCCAUGACUGGCAUAUAUACGAGUCAUCUCAGAGGCUGGGAGGCCGUGUACGAACGGUGUACCUCAAUGAUACCAAACCAGAUGAUUACCAGUACCAAGAGAUGGGUGCGAUGCGUAUUCCCGUUGAAAUUCAAUACAUUGGUACCGAUGAGCCACUUCCGUUUCAAGAUCAUCAACUAGUAAUUCGGCUGGCAGAUCUACUCAACAGGGAGAACGCGCACAGAAAUCCAGAAUUACACAUUCAGUUCAUUCCUUUCAAAGUUCAAAACCCAAAGUUGAAAUCGACAGUGCAAACAGAAGCGGACUCUCAUUCAGAUAAAUACAUCAGGAAUGUUUCUUCCUUGAUGUUCAAAGCACACAAAGAGGCUUUGAAAGACGGCAAAUCUCACUGGCACUGGUCAGAAGGUGGAUAUUUGCGUUACGCACUUGGCUCUAAGACGAAUAUAUCGAACUACAUUGCUUCAAAUGACACUAGCCCUAUAUGGGAGAGCCUUUAUUCGAAUGACUUUUUCUCCACCACGAGUUGGCAGACAAUUGACAAAGGGUUUGAGUCGCUUCCUCGCGCAUUCUAUCCCCACGUUGUCAAUAAGACAAGCUUACACUCUCGGGUUGAUCGUUUGACAUUCAACCAAACAAGCAAUAAAAUAUCAGUGCACUGGAUCGAUGACCAGUUGCAGGACCAACAUUUGUUCAAGAGGUACGACUACGUGGUAGUAGCGGCUCCAUUCAGCAAAGUUCGACUUUGGGAAACUCCAGCGUACUCCCCAAUUCUUCGACGUGCUAUUACCGAUCUACCUUUUGAGCAGUCUUGCAAGGUAGCGCUCCUUUACAAGACGCGAUUCUGGGAACAUACUGAGCAUCCUAUCUACGGAGGGUGUGAAACAACUGAUAUUGUUCCUGGAAUUGGCGAUAUCUGCUAUCCGUCCUAUGCAAUAAAUGCGACAGGGCCAGGAGUUAUCCUUGCCACAUACAACCACGGUAAUAUGGCUCGAUCCACAGCAGCCUUGAGCACUGAAGAGCAUGUUGCCCUCGCCCAGCGCGCAAUGAUUAGACUUCACGGCAAGAUCGCAAAUGAGCAGUUUCAAGGUGAUUUCUUUUCUUUAAAAAUCCUCGCUCUAAAUCACCCCGUCUUCUUGGUUUGA